AUGGGCCAGUCGCAUUCCAAGGGCAACGCUUCGGGCGACCCUCUGCAAUCCUAUCCUUCUUUCUCCAAAUCUGACACCAAGGAGUCUAUUCGCUCUUUCCGCGGAUCGAUCCGGUCAAAAAUCCCCGGUGCCCGCAGCUCCGACAGCCCUCGAGGCUCCACCACCGCUCUCUCCCGAAGCGAAUCUCAGACCGACAAGUCCGAUGCUGGCUCUCUCAAAUCGGUCGGAAGCCGACCUGGCUCCAACGCCGGUAUUCCUCAAUCCCCCGGCUCGGAGUCCGCCUCGCGCCCGUCUUCUCCUCAGCCCCCGCCCUCCCCCUCGCUCUCCACUAGCUUGCAGAGAGGCCACAAGGAUGUCAGUGCGAUGCAACAGAGCGGCGAGGUCGACCAUGUGUCCGAAGGUCCCCUCAGCGGAGGACCCCCAACUGGAGCCGCGGCCCCAGUCGUAGGUGAAUCCAUUUUGGUUAAACGUGAGAACCAACUCAACCCUAUUCUGGAUUUCAUCUUGAACGCCCCCUUGGAGACCUCCGGGUCCCCCGGUAUGGGCAUGGGUGCUUUGAAAUCCAUUGACCUGGACGACAUGAUCACGCGACUUCUAGACGCCGGCUAUGCUGGCAAGGUCACCAAGACAGUGUGUCUGAAGAAUGCCGAAAUCACCGCCAUCUGUACCGCUGCCCGUGAGCUGUUCUUGUCACAGCCAGCUCUCCUGGAGCUGUCGGCUCCUGUGAAAAUUGUUGGCGAUGUUCACGGUCAAUAUACGGAUCUCAUCCGUUUGUUUGAGAUGUGUGGAUUCCCCCCGACAUCAAAUUACCUAUUCCUAGGUGACUAUGUCGACCGUGGAAAACAGAGUCUGGAGACAAUUCUCCUACUCAUGUGUUACAAAUUGAAGUACCCCGAGAACUUCUUUUUGCUUCGCGGAAACCACGAGUGCGCCAAUGUCACUCGUGUGUAUGGCUUCUAUGAUGAAUGCAAGCGUCGUUGCAAUAUCAAGGUCUGGAAGACCUUCAUCGACACCUUCAACUGCCUUCCAAUUGCUGCAAUUGUUGCUGGCAAGAUCUUCUGUGUUCACGGCGGUCUCUCGCCCAGUCUGUCGCACAUGGACGAUAUUCGCGGAAUCGCUCGCCCAACCGAUGUUCCAGAUUAUGGUCUCUUGAACGAUCUUCUUUGGAGUGAUCCUGCAGAUAUGGAGGAAGACUGGGAACCAAACGAACGUGGUGUCAGCUACUGUUUCGGCAAGAAAGUGAUCAUGAACUUCCUCCAACGCCACGACUUCGACCUGGUCUGCCGUGCUCACAUGGUAGUCGAGGAUGGUUAUGAGUUCUACCAGGAUCGUAUUCUGGUCACAGUCUUCUCUGCACCCAAUUACUGCGGUGAAUUCGAUAACUGGGGAGCUAUCAUGUCGGUAUCUGGUGAACUUCUCUGCUCCUUCGAGUUGUUGAAACCUCUGGACUCGACUGCCCUGAAGAACCACAUCAAGAAGGGUCGCAACAAGCGCAAUAGCAUGCUGAACAGUCCUCCCGCGGCAGUGUCUGCCCAAAGCUAUUAA